AAAAAAAAAAAAUAAACAGUCAGAAGAAUCUUUUAACUGAAUAUUUGAAGAAAAAUGAUGAACAACACAUAUUCACCUAUAAGAGAAACCCCCCGAGAAGGAACAGAAUCAUAUUAUCAUGAAGAACCUUCCUCUUCAAUUUGGUCUGCAUGUUUUCCCUGUUUCCAAUCAAAAGAAGUCGAAGCAAAUUCACUACUCCAUGAUUCUUCUUCUUCAUCAUCAUCAUGGAUGGUGAAUAAACUGAAAGAAUUGAAAGAAUAUUCAGAAGUGGUAGCUGGACCAAAAUGGAAGAACAUGGUAAGGAAGAUUGGAAAGUACUUUAAUAAUAAUCCUAAUAAGAAAAGAACCACGCAGUUUCAGUAUGAUUCUGAUAGCUAUGCUCUCAAUUUUGCUAAUGAUGAUGGGAAUGGUGGUGAUGAUGGGCUUUUUCGUAAUUUCUCAUCUAGAUUUGCUGCUCCUUUUUCUGCUUCUGCUGUUGCUAAUAAUAAUAAUAAUAAUAAUCCACAGAGAAAUGAUGGGUUGUGAUAAUUAGUAGUACUAUUUUGUCAUUUAUGAUGUGUUGUAUAUUCAAUUUAUUGUGUAUUUAUUUAACAUCUUUUAUUAAAAUUUGAUUUAAUCUA